AUGUUCUUCGCUGUCUGCUCCGGAGAAAUCGAACACUACACGAGAUUCGAGGUUUGGGAGGCAUUAGAACUAACAUGUGAACCCGAGGUUGACACAUUCACUCGGGACACCAUAUAUCACGUCAUUGAAAGCAAAAGAUGCCCUCACACAGGCUCAUGCUUUGGGAAAAAGUGUGCCACGGUAAACGUUACAAGAGCUACAGCAUGCGUAGGGUCCUGUGGUGGACCUGGAUGUGACUGCUUUUACUGGCCAGGUUGCCUUUUCUAUCGCGUUUAUGUUACUCCUGUGUCACCACAAGUUUAUGAAAAUUUUCAUUGUAAUCGAUGGCGAGAAGCCGCAAAGAUAGAAUGGACUUACUUUGACGCUAAUCUACGCAAAACGCGCUUUUAUACGGCUCAUAUGCACCCUAGUGUCCCAGUUCUUUGGAAAUCAUUUUCUUUUACCUUAUCAUCUAUCACUAUACCUCCUACUCCAGUACUCCAUAAACCUUUCAUUUCCGAUGAAAAUCAAACAGCAAUAUGGAAUACCCAGUUCACGUCACCUCUGCAA